AAUGAAACUCAGCUGGGUGAAGGAGUUGCUCUCCUUUUUCGCAGUACUCUCACUCGCAUCUGAAGUUGAUGUGCGCUGGAUCCUCUUGGUCCUGCUCAGUCCUUGGAGGUUGUGAAGGAGAUCAAGCUGCACAAAACGUUCAAUGGUGUGUUCAGUGUACAGUUCAACCACACAGGCUCCCUGCUUGCUGUGGGCUUUGGCAGUGGAGGUGUCCAGUUGUUUGACCCAUUGACUGGUACGAUGACUAAAGAGCUGCGAGCAUGUCGUCAGGGCGGCUCUUCUGUCAUGACUCUGCGUUUCCACCCCAAGGAGCCGGACGUUCUGUAUGCCGGCACCACCGAGGGCUACGUCUACAUCUACAACGUAAAGACUGGAGAGCAACUCGGCACGAUAGAAGAACUUGGUAAUGAAAUCAACACUCUGGACUUUUGUGUCGAUGGCUUCAACUUUGCCACUGGAGGAAAAGAUCUCAAUGUGCGAGUUUAUGAGACAAAACACAACAAGUUGCUGAGAACAUAUGAAGGUUACAAUGAGAAAACGUUUGUCACUGAGAAGAACAAAGUGGCCAACACCAUGCGUGUCUUUAGCAUUAAGUUCCAUCCCAACAAUCAAUAUAUCUUCGUGAGUGGUGGCUGGGAUAAUCAUAUCAAGAUCUGGGAUACUCGGGACAAUGAAGGCAUCAAGCGAAACAUUAGAGGGCCACACAUCUGUGGAGAUUCCAUAGAUAUGAAGGACAACAACAUUCUCACAGGCCAGUGGACGGCCUUGCACGCCUUACAGCUGUACGACUACACAAGUGGGAAAGUGGUCAAGGAGAUCAACUACCCACACAAGGACGGGGCUUUCUUGUAUGCUGCUUCCUAUGUCAACGACAACACUGUGAUGGGUGGGGGCAGUGGCACCAACAGCCUGGAGGUUGUAGAGAUUGACACAAACAGACACGUCGGAGGUUACAAGUUGGCAGGUCCAGUUCAAGCUGCUGAUUCUGCAAACAAUGGCAGGAUAAUAGCUGUAGGAGGAGCAGCUCCGCUCUUCACUAUACUCAAGUUGAAAGACUGAUGUCUCAGACCAAGACACUCUGUCACAGAGGCCCCAGCAAUGAAGAACAAAUUUGAAACAAGCUGUCUCUUUUGUCUUUCAUUGUGACAUUCCACAGAUAUUUCUUCUUUCAUCGAAGACAAACUUGCACAUCAAUGCUUGCAAAUUGCCUAAUUGCCAGAGAUUUAUUGGAUAGAUACGUCUCUGGUAUUAUUUUCUUAUUUAGUAGAGUCCUGUGAUAUGCACAAGCGGUGUAAAUUUAAAAAACAGCAAAAAAUUAGUAGCACCUUCAGCACUGUUCUCUUGUACUGAAGCUGUUGAUUUUUUUUGCUGAAAUUUGUUGAACUGUGAAGUCUUUUUAAUGAUAUUUUCUCUUUUUAUAAAAGGAAUGAAAGGGGUCACAAAACUGUCCUUAGCUUCUAAAAUUUACACGGUGAAUUAGAUUGAAUACAUUCCAGUAUUGUUUAAGUCCAAGAUAUUUAUCUUGUUGUUCCAUUUUAAAAAUGCACAAAUUUUUAUCUGACAUAUGUAUUAUAUGUGUUACAAGUAUUUUUAUUUUAUUCAAACAAAAAUGAAUUAUCUUUUUUUCUGUCUACAUAUUUUUGUCCAAAAGAACUGUGUUAUUUUAUUGAAUCUUAAAAAAUAGUACCGGGGGGGGGGGGGGGGGGGGACAGGCUUUAAGUUAUGUACUUGUUAGCUUUUAAGUGAGCCUGUCAAUAUGAUAGAAAAGUCAUCUACAGUGAAGUCAUUGUUAUGAUCCUGCCAAAAAGUCCAUGUGUAAAACUUUUUCAGAUUUAUCAAACAUUUUGAAAUAUUAGAUGGAUUUUAGAGCCAUUCGAUGCCAACCCCAUGUCUUUAAAGGGUGUAGACCUUGAUCUUGGGGUUGGUCAAGAGAGCCGCGUAGUCCUGAAGGCUUAAGUAAUGUCCCGCUUUUUGUCUGUUGGACUUUGAACUGGUAUAAUGACAGCUGAUUAAUCUGUCAUAGUUCACACAUUCCUUUAGUCAGUAUCUUACUGGAAAACACUCCCCAUAAUUUGUUUACAGUUUGGCUAUAUUGCUCAUGGUCCUCAAUCAUUGCGUGUGUGGUAUGAUAUGUCAAAUAAAUUUCUAUAUUUUUGCUUAAUGCAGGUUGUGUUGACAGUUGAGGUUUUGUUUUUUUUGUUCAUAAUAUUUUAUAAACAUGAUGUUGCAAUUGAUUGAAUAAGUGAUGAAUUAUGGUGUUUGACCUUUACUUACAUUCUUUACAAUGUAAAAGUGAUAUUUUAAGUUUCAACAUCCGUCCUUGAUCGAGACUGCUAACCUGUGAUCAUUCAGAUAUUUUUUUAGAUAUGCUUUGCGCUUGAUAGAUUAUAUAGCAUGGGCUUGUUUUCCUUCGCCACAGCAGAAGAUACUUUUCUUUUGCUUGCUUUUCUUCUAGUUUGUUAUUGGAUGUAAAAAGGGAGGAAAUCUAAAAGUAACUAUGGGUUGACAGAGAAUGUAUUAAUUUUCACCUGUGCUCUAGGGUUCUGAGUCAUGGUGCCUGACAGAGUGCCAAGAGACGAUUGAACUUGUCCAGAAAUCUGAGAUACUCGGGCACUGUGUGUGAAUUUUAAAAUCUUAAAAUGUUACGUUUGGUCAGUAUUGUGUCAGUUUGCUUUAAAAUUUUGAGUUUUUAUUUAGGGUUAAUAAGAUUUUUCUGUCCUUCUGUUGAAACAAUUGUGAGCAUAUUAUGAAUGUGUCUCCAAUAAACUUGACAGAAAAGACGA